GUCCCGCCCUCCGCCCGGCCGCCUAUAUAAGGGACGGCCGGGGGCCUCGACCGAACCUUCCUUCCCGUCCCUUCGAGCGGCGGCUGCCGGGGCCAGCUUGUGCCUUUUCCAUCAGCAGUGGCGCCUGCGCCGCGGAGCCCGAGCUUGGGUCUUCAGUGGCAGAUCCGGAUUAGCUGCAUCCAAAUUUUUCCUUCGUUCCUCUCUAUCCCCCUUUCUUCUUCUGAAUCUUUUCCUGCAUUUUCAAAAUCUCCGAGAUGGUGCAGAAAAAGACAGAACUCAAAGGUUUCCACCGCUCCUUUAAGGGCCAGAAUCCGUUCGACCUAGAAUUCUCCCAGUCAAAUCACCUGGAAUCUGUCUUCAACUUUGAAUGCCCAUCCCGGCCCGAUAUGCCUUCGAGUCAGCCCAUUGACAUCCCCAACGCAAAGAAAAGAAACAAGAAGAAAAAACGCUGCCGGGCCACAGACAGCUUUUCCGGGAGGUUUGAAGAUGUUUACCAGCUGCAGGAAGAGGUCCUUGGAGAAGGCGCUCACGCAAAGGUCCAGACCUGUGUUAACCUCAUUACCAGCAAGGAGUAUGCAGUAAAGAUAAUUGAGAAGCGUCUUGGACACAUCCGAAGCCGGGUUUUCCGUGAGGUGGAGAUGCUGUAUCAGUGCCAAGGACAUAGGAACAUCCUGGAACUAAUCGAGUUCUUUGAGGAGGAAGACCGGUUCUAUCUCGUGUUUGAGAAGAUGAGAGGAGGUUCCAUCUUAACCCACAUUCAUCGUCGGCGCCAUUUCAACGAGCUGGAGGCCAGUGUGGUGGUGCACGACAUAGCCAGCGCCCUUAACUUCUUGCACAACAAAGGAAUAGCACAUAGAGAUUUAAAACCAGAAAAUAUCCUUUGUGAAAGUUCCAAUCAGGUUUCCCCCGUAAAAAUCUGUGAUUUCGAUUUAGGAAGCGGGAUCAAGCUGAAUGGCGACUGCUCUCCCAUCUCUACUCCAGAGUUGCUCACUCCGUGCGGUUCUGCAGAAUAUAUGGCCCCGGAGGUCGUAGAAGCGUUUAACGAAGAAGCCUCCAUCUACGACAAGCGCUGUGAUUUGUGGAGCUUGGGGGUCAUUCUGUACAUCAUGCUGAGCGGCUAUCCCCCUUUUGUGGGGCACUGUGGGACCGACUGCGGCUGGGAUCGUGGUGAAGCGUGUCCUACCUGUCAGAAUAUGUUGUUUGAAAGCAUCCAGGAGGGCAAGUAUGAAUUCCCCGACAAAGAUUGGGCUCACAUCUCUUUUGGCGCCAAAGACCUCAUUUCCAAGCUCCUCGUGAGAGAUGCCAAGAAGCGCCUGAGCGCAGCUGAAGUGCUCAAGCACCCAUGGGUGCAAGGGUGUGCUCCGGAUAACACCCUUCCAACUCCAAUCAUCCUACAAAGGAACAGCUGUGCCAAAGAGCUGACCUCAUUCGCCGCCGAAGCCAUUGCUGUCAACCGGCAGCUGAUGCAUGACGAGGAGGAGGCGGCUGAGGUGACCCACUCCCCCAUCAUCAUCAAAGCUACCUCAUGCUCCAUGCAGCUCUCGCCCCCCUCGGAAUCCAAGCUGGCCAAGCGGCGGCAGAAGACGAGCAUGGCAAAAGUGGACGCCAACCAGCAUCUGGUUACUCCUCUGGUCCUGGUGGGGGAUCACAUGUGAACUCCCCCCCCUUUUGUUUUCUGCGUGUACAUCCCUCAUUCUUCCGUUUCCACCCCCAACGCCUCCCCAGUUUUGGAUAGCAUCGCACACUAUUUUGGAUAGCUAUAAAAACGAGAUCAGAGCCCUCUCUCAAGUUGGCUGGUUUCCAAGGAUAUUUUUGUUUUGUUUCCUGAUCUUGUUUUAAGAUCUUUAUCCUUUUAUCCUCUAUGAGAGUUUUCCCUUUCCCUUUUCAAGGGUGCAUUUUGACACACAUAUAUAAAUUGCUUUGAAAAGCAACAACACUUAAAUGUCGAUUCCCCCCUCUGAAUAUACCAGGAUGCUGACCUCCCCCUUGCAAAGGACAAGCUUAAAAAACUGACUACUGUUUUUUUUCCCCCUGUUGGCUGUUUAUACUGUGAAAAGCAGAGACGGCGGGGUGGGGUGGGGAACCCCUUAAAGUCCUCAACUUUUUAAAGGUAGCAUUUUAAUAUUUCGGUGUAUUCUUCCAUUCCCCUGCCUUUUCUUUUUUUUUUUUUACAAAAAUUUGUGUUUGCUGUUUAUCUCUUUCUCCUUUUUUUAUUUUAAACAUACAGAUUCUAAAACUGAGAAGUAACUCUGUGGUUUGAUGGUGGGUGGGGAGAUCUUUCUACUGUUUCCUUCUGCCAGAAGGCAUUGCAGGGUGGCGAUAAGGGUUUUUAAAGAUCCAUUUGAUCUCGGAAAAAGCAGCUAUUGUUUUCCUGGGUGGAGUCUCUUUCCUUAGAACCGCACGGGGCUCUGUCACCCUAAGUUGGGUUGUAGGGUUUUGGGAUUUCCGUAGGUUGAGCCAGGAGAGAGGAUUGAGGAAAUGACUAUCCUGAGAGAGGGAAUAUGACCGGGCCAGAGUUAAUAACUGGACUGUUUUUCUCCCCAAAUAAUGCACAUGAUGUUGAAAGCCGAUUCUGGUCUUAAAUCCAGGUGGGUCCUGGUAUAAAGUGAGGCACAGAGGGGUCAAUUAAAAAAAAAAAAUUAAAACAACAAAAAGUGUGGAUAGAUAAUGGGUGGCUUAAGGUCCCGGUACAAUCGUCUCUAGUUCCCCUUAUUUUUAUUUUGAGUAGGGGAAAUGAGGGAGGGGUGUAGAAUGGCCUGAUCAAGAAGGGUUUGCUGGUUGCUAUUAGAAUAAGCAACUGCAACCCCCUAAAUGUUGUGUGUGUU